AUGAGGUCCUCAGUUCGAUUUCUGACCCGUUGCGGCACCAAUGCGGGUCUGUUCGGUGGCAGUCGUGCGUCGGGAGUAAUCGCUGCCAGUUUAUCGUUUACCCGCGCCAAUACCACCACUACGACGGUACGUUUCCAUUGCGUUUCGUCGAGAACAACGGCAGCUGGCUGUCAGUCGAACUGUCAAAACAUUGGCACCCCGUGGCAAUUGUUUUCGCGCACGCUACCGCGUCUUUACGGUCGGACGGAACGGUUCUAUUCACGCUACUCAGCCAACCGCAUCAUGACCGGUGCGGAUACGUUUAGCUUCGCCGACUACGAUUGUGUCGGAUUCGAUCUGGAUAACACACUGCUGCGUUACCGGAUCGGUGCGAUGAUUCAGCUGGAAUAUCGGACCGUAUCGCGGUUUCUAGUGGAGCAACGCGGAUACUCGGGCCGGCAUUUGCUGCAGCCGCUCGACAAGGAUUUUCUACAAAGAGGAUUGAUCAUCGAUUUUCAUCGGGGCAACAUCCUGAAGCUUGAUCCCGACGGUGUGAUUCAACAGGCGACCCAUGGUACAAAGCGCAUGGCAGAUGAAGAAAUUCGCGCCUACUAUGGUGACGAGAAACGCUGGGAGGUGACGAACGAGUAUUGCCGAAAUAUGCUAGUUGCUUGGAAUGGACCCCUGUCGGAGCAGAUACGGACCGUGCUGGAUUACUUUGACAUUUGUGCCACGCUGCUGUUCGGGCGGUUGAUCGAUACUUUGGACGAGGAGGCACACGAGCGCAUCGGUCGGUACAACGUGUGGCCGGAUAUUCUUGAUGGGCUGGUGUACAUGUACUCGCGUGAUCAUUUUGGCGCAAACAUUGGCGGUUACUUCGAAGCCCUGAAGGCCAAUCCUGAGCAGUACCUGCAGAAAGCUUCUCCGGAGUUAGUGCGAUGGUUGCGCGAGCUGAAGAAAACCAAAACCACCUUCCUUGUAACCGGUUCGCACAUCGAUUUUGCUAACUUUACCGCGUCGUACGCAUUCGGACCAGAUUGGCCCGAGCUGUUUGAUGUGAUUGUUGGGUUUGCCAAGAAACCGGGUUUCUUUACGGCAGGCAAACCGUUCGUACGGCUCGAAGGUCACGAUGAGACGGAACCGCUGACAGCCGGACAGCUAGAACGGUACGGUGUCUAUUCGCAGGGCAAUUGGCGUGAUUUGACGGUGCUGUUGAGUAAAAUCUGCCACAAGUCCGAUCCCCGGUAUCUGUACGUAGGGGACAAUCUUAUACAAGACAUGUACACACCGUCUAAGUAUACGACAGCCGAUACGGUGGCAAUCGUGGAGGAAAUGGCCGCGGAAGGCAUGCGCGAUUGUGAAUCCAGGCAUCCAGACGCACCGUACAUAGUGUCAAAGUUUUGGGGAUCGUUCUUUACUACUCGGUCGGGACCGGGCGUUGAGGAUGGGUCGCUAUGGGCCGGGCUUAUCAAACAGCACGCCAAAAUCUGCGUUCCUUCGAUGGAUGAGGUGGCCAAAUAUCCGCUCGAUCAUAGCUACAACAGUUUCACGGAAAACGUAAGCUGUAAUGGUUACUAUCCGGCCGAACCGCUAAAGCUGAUCAACAAUUGA